CAACGGGGCAAUUAACAAGGUAUCGCAUCAAGUUGAGCUCUGUUAGUUGUUGAGCUUCCGUACAUGGUGUUGAUACUGUAAGCAGUAGUGGCAAUGAAGUACAGAUGGUUAUGACGGCGAUGAGCGCACAUCCCAGCCGACCCAGAAUGGAUACAUAUAUAUACAUACCAGCCCCAACCUUGGCAACCAGCCCGACAGGUCCCAAUAUCUUCACCGUUGACAAGAUGAAGAAGAGCACUAUCCUGGCAAGCCUGCUGCCUCUGGUGGCUGCGGACAGCGAUGCUGCCAACUCGCAGAUCCGAAUCGCCUACCACGGAGACGAUGGUAUGAUGGUCAGCUGGAACACGUUUGACCAUGUUCCUCGUCCAAGUGUCUUCUGGGGCAGGUCAAAGGAGCACCUCACCAAUGUCGCGUCCUCGGCCGUGUCUGUCACUUAUCCCACCUCGACGACUUACAACAACCACGUCUUGAUCAAGGGACUGAGGCCGGACACCACCUACUACUACCUGCCUGCGCAAUUGAACGAGGAUGUGUGCUAUGAGCCAUUCAACUUCACCACCAGCCGCAGGGUUGGUGACAAGACGCCCUUUUCCGUUGCCGUUGUCGCCGACUUGGGCACCAUGGGCUCAAAGGGUCUGUAUACUUCAGCCGGAACUGGUGUUGCACCCACAAACGUCCUGAAGCCCGGUGAGAAGAACACGGUCGACUCUCUCAUCAGCACCAUGGGCGACUACGAGUUCCUGUGGCACGUCGGAGACAUUGCAUACGCCGACUACUGGCUGAAGGAGGAAAUUCAGGGAUUCCUACCCAACACCACUGUUGAGGAGGGAUACAAGGUUUAUGAGGCUAUCCUGAACGACUUCUACAACGAGAUGAUGCCCGUCACUGCUUCCAAGGCCUACAUGGUUGGACCUGGUAACCACGAGGCCAACUGCGACAACGGUGGCACCGCUGAUAAGGCACACAAUAUCACCUACGAUCUUAGCAUCUGCAUGCCUGGACAGACCAACUUCACCGGCUAUAAGAAUCACUUCCGCAUGCCCAGCGAUGUUUCCGGCGGCACUGGAAACUUUUGGUACAGCUGGAACAGUGGCAUGGCUCAUUUCAUCCAGCUCGACACCGAGACUGAUCUUGGCCACGGCUUUAUUGGCCCCGACGAGAUUGGAGGCACAGAGGGUGAGGGUGCCAGUCCCGUCAACGCGAAGAUGAACGCUCAAGUCAACUGGCUUGAGGCCGAUCUCAAGUCAAUCGACCGCAGCGUCACGCCCUGGGUCAUCGUUGGCGGCCAUCGCCCUUGGUAUCUCAGCCACGCAAAUGUCACUGGUACCAUCUGCUGGAGCUGCAAGGACGUUUUCGAGCCUCUGUUCAUCAAGUAUGGCGUCGAUCUUGUUCUAUCUGGUCACGCCCACGUCUACGAGCGCCUGGCUCCUAUCGCCGACCAAAAGAUUGACCCCAAGGAAUUGAACAACCCGACCUCUCCUUGGUACAUCACCAACGGAGCUGCUGGUCAUUACGACGGACUGGAUACUAUUCAGACCCCUCGCCAGGAGUACAGCCGAUUUGGCCUUGAUACUACUAAUGCUACCUACGGAUGGAGCAAGCUGACGUUCCACAACGCUACGCACUUGACGCACGACUUCAUUGCUAGCAACAACAAUACCGUCCUCGACUCUGCGACUUUGUACAAGAGCCACAAGACCACUGGCGGUAGUCACCAUCACGGAUGGUAAUCCUAGCAGGUGUCUGGAUUAGGAUGUUGCAAUGUCGAAAAUAUUAGAAGAGAUUAGGUAAAUACGUAAUAAUAUUGAAUCUGCUGAGUCGAAUGGCUUUACAACCGUUCUUUUCCCAUUUAGGCAGGUAUAGUCUGUGCAAAUAAACAUGUGUUAUAAUUCCC